AUGUCGUGGCGUCCAUCUCCUCACCAGAACGACUCGGGCACGGGCCUGUCGAUCAUCACACCUGUGGAGAGCAUCCACCACCAGAAGACGCAGCUUCCGCAGCUGUCGCCGCCGCCGCCGCCGCCGGCCAGCUCCGCAUCCCGCGUCUCCUCCCCCGCGGACGACGAAGAAGAGCACUAUGACUUCGACCUCUCCGCCCCGGGCCCAAAGUGUCUCGGCGGCGGCCCCUCGACCGUCAUGUCGGAGCAGUCCCGCAUCAAGGCGUUUAGAGAGCUCAACGCCUCGUGGACCACCCGCACCACCAGCAUGAUCCCCGAGGAGGCGGUGAAGAACUUCCCCGCCGGCCCGACCGAGGGCGGAUACCGUACCUUCCCGCCCGUCCCCAAGAAGACCGAGAAGGAGGAGGAGGUCCAGGUCAAGAAGGGUAGCUGGUUGGAGAAGAAGUUCAGUCGCAGGAGGUCCUCUCACAACUGGGGGAAGACCAACAAGUUUAUGCUGCAUAUGAUGAUGAAGGUGGAGCGUGAGCCAUGCAUGUCGAGGUACAUCUUGAAAGGUGCCGAUAUCGCAGUCGUGGUCGGUGUUCACCUGCAUGUCCUUCAGCGUCCCGCUUCACAGCGUCUGAUGCACCUACAUAGUGCUCAGGGGAUAUCCGUUCAGGGGGGCAUCCUUCUGCAGACGCGUUACCGUCACCAAACAUUCACCACAUACACACCUUCCGCGACGCGGACAGCACACUGUGUCCGCAACGAAUCAUCCGCUGUUCACCGAGUGCACUGGGUGAUGCUGCUGAGCGCGGGUGAUGCUGUCGCCUACAAACUUUUAUUCCAGAUCACUGAGCGCCUGGGUGAUGCUUCUGAGCGCGCCAAUACUGAGCGCAAUACUGAGCGCAAUACUGAGCGCAAUACUGAGCGCAGUGGGUGA